GGCGGCGUGAAUAGCCGCUCUCUGGCAGCGCUCUCUCAGAGGGGCUGUCGUACCCUGACACCACUGCUGCUGAGGAGAUGCCUCUCCGCGCUGGCCUGUGGCUGCACUGGAUCCUUACCGUGGCUAUAGCAGCCCCCAGGUCCUCGGCCGCGGGGUACCGGGCGCUGGAAGGCGGGGCGGUCAGCCUGGCCUGCCGCUACUCGGUGAAGAGGUACGGGCUGAGCCGGGUGUGCUGGGGCCGGAACUGCGGCACGCUCUGGUGCAGCGACACCAUCGUCCAGACCGACGGCAGCCGCGUCAUCUCCAAAGUCUCGGACCGGUACCGGCUCAACGGAGACAUCCCGGCCGGACAGGUGGACCUGACCAUCUCCAGGGUGAGGCAAGCGGACAGCGGGUCAUACUGCUGCCGAGUGGACAUCGAUGGCUAUUUCAAUGACCAGAAGGUGUCUCACACCCUGCAGGUUCUCAAAGGCCGCUGUGCCCCGUGUCUGUCCCCUGCAGGAGGCCGGGUAGAAGCAGAGUCGCCCCGCCUGACUGAGGAUGAUGCCGCGAGGAACCCCAGCCUGCCCCGCUCCGGAGGCGUCGAGGAGAGCGCGAUUGUCACGCAGUCCUUGCAGAUCAAUGUCCCGGUGCUGGCUGGGUCCAUCACUGUGCUGCUGUUCCUGCUGCUGGCCAGCUCGCUGGCUCUCCUGGGCUUCCGACGUAGGUAUCCGACGUGGAUGAACGGGAAACGAGUCCUCCCACGAACCUUGGUGCUCCCGUUGUCUGCGCUGCUGGGUGGGGAACCGGGGGAACUGGCGAAGACCGUGUGUGUGGGCGACUGA